AUGCCUCGAUAUACACUUACUAAAUCUUCUCUGUCAAUAUCUCCUCCAUGUCUAUCAUCAACAGCAUCUAAUCAACAACUUUCUUCACAACAAAUCGAUUUAAUUACUAACACACCAGCAACUUAUCUAACACCAACAACACUUUAUAAACAAAGUAGUCAUAAAAGAUUAACAUGGGAGACAGUGCGUUUUUUACCCAAAGUCAUAAAGUUGUAUACUGGGUGUCCCACUAAUAAUGUUUUUUUAUAUAUUGUUAGUCGUGUUCAAGCUAAAAAUAAAAAAGUUUCUUAUUUUAUGGAUUAUAAACGUUCAUUUAAACCAAAAGAAUAUCAGUUUAGUCCUGCUAGUAAACCUUCAAGUACAGGGAAACCUGGUCCAGCACGACAGCUUUUUGUUGAAGAUGAAGUGUUACUUACUAUAAUGCGUAUUCGACUUGACUCACCAUUACAAGAUUUAGCAUUUUGUUUUAAAAUUUCAGUAAGUCAUGUGUCUAGGAUUUUAACUACAUUUAUAACUUUAUUAGCCCGAGAACUUGAACCAUUAAUUUAUUGGCCUGCUCCAGAAGAAACAUUAAGUUUUACACAUCCUCAUUUUAUUGGAGAUUUCGUUUAUGUUGAAGGUAUUGGCGACUGUACUGAACAAACUAUUCAAAAAUCUGCUAAUGCUAAAGCUAAAUAUCAAACAGAUAGUUCUUAUAAAAGUAGAAAGACAUUAAAAAAACUUAUAUUUUGUACUAAAGGUGGUUCUAUCUCUUUUGUUUCUAAAGGUUACUCUGGAUCUUCCUCAGAUCGUUUUAUCACUGAAGAUUGCAAUGUUGCAAGAAGAUUCACUCCUGGUUUUGUUGUACUUUUUGAUAAAGGUUUCAAUGUUCAAGAUUUAUUUCUAUCAAGGCAGGUAAAAGCUGUAAUUCCACCAUUUUUACGUAGUAUCCGACAGUUUACACCCUCUGAAGUUUAUCAUUGCAAGCGCAUAGCACGUGCAAGAAUACACAUUGAACGUGUCAUUGGAAGGCUGAAAGAAUUUCGACUUCUAAAGAACACUCUGCCUAUCACAUUAGUCCCUCUAAUCGAUGAUAUAUGGAUAAUUGCUGCUGCCAUUGUUAACCUGCAACCACCUCUUUUAAAAGCAACAGCAGUAUAA